AGAUUCUAUUAGGCCACCCUGAAGGAUUCUGAAAGGGUAUGCGGAUACAAUGGAUCAUGCUGCGCGAGAGUGUGGACGUCCUCCUGCUUCUCUGUUUCUCUGAGCUUUUCCCUUGCUGAACUCAGUCGCUCGCUCACUGUUGAGGCUAUUAGCAAAUAGUCUUUCUGUCUGUCUCUAUCAAAAUGCUUCUCUACAUUCUUUUAUUUCUUUUCGGCUUCGUGGUAUCCUUCAGUGUUAUUCCGUCCACUGGGCACCUUCCUGCGUCAGUCCGAGCCGCGUGCAGAUCAGCUUUGGCGGAAAACAUUACACAAUGCUCAGAUAUGCUACAGUAUCCUGUGGAAUUCAUUCCAGCAUCUUCAUUGAGCGAAAUAUGCACAUCCAGUUGUGGGGCAGCAUUGAACGCCAUGUAUUCCAAAGCUUCUUCGACUUGUGGAACAGGUAGUGUGAACGUUACCGCCGUAAACGACACCAUGUACACUAUACUCACACCCUUAAACCUCGCUGGUGAAGUGGUAUUCAGGUACAACUUAACAUGCCUCCAAGGGAAUGGAGGCUUUUGCAAAGACGUGCUCAGCAACAUUACAGCAGAGAAGUUGUGUUCUGAUUGUUACAUGAAGACAGUACAAUUGGGGUUCGGCGAGCCGCUAGAGAGCGAUAAUGGAUGGACGCCCCAGGAUUUCAAUUCACUGAAGCAAUCCUGCGGUAUACCGACUACCUCAUACCCUGUCAAGCCAACUACACCGGUCGGAACGCCCGGGCCGACACCUACAUGCACGACUAAAACCACUGCAAAGGCCGGCGAUACCGCCAACUCACUUGCCAAAAGUCUCUCCGUGUCGACCGACCGUCUCCUAACAUAUAACAACCUUCCUUUGGCGAUGAAUGAGACAUUCAAAGGGGGAGAGGUGCUGUGUCUUGACAACGUUGCGCAAUGUGUGAUUCGCCAAGUUGUUGUCAGCGAUACCUGUAGCUCUUUAAUCAAGGCCAGCGGCAGUGGUGUAGACCAGCUCAUGUUCACUAGCUGGAAUCCAACCAUCGGGUUCGAAUGUCGAAAUCUAGCAUCUAUGGCAGGCAAAUAUGUUUGCAUCUCUCCGCCGGGAUCAACGACACUGUUCACGCCAAUUGCGGGCACUCCAACACCUCCGAGCACGACCAGCAAGACACCAGAAUCGACCUAUAGCUGGGGCACCGUGCCAAAUGCACCCAUUAGCUCCAUGAACUUUACAACUUCAUGGUUGUUCCCAACUGAAUUGGUAUCGAUACCAACGCGCACGGGAACGGCACUACCUCACGAAUCCGUCACUGCGAUUGCAGCUCGCAUCUCCAAUUGCCCUUUUCUUAAGGAAGAAGAUCCUUCCUGGGACGCGGGACUGGCCGACGAUGAAUAUCACCUACACUCCUGGGAUCUUGACGUCGAAUGCAUUGAAUCUUGGGAUCCCUACUGUCAUCCUGAGCCGACUGCCGCUAUCUUGCCUAGCCCGACCAAUAUUGCAUCCUCUUGCUACCCGACGAUUUCUACGAUAAUCCCCGAUGGGUGGGUUGCUCCACCAGCACCCACUAGCACCGGUACACCUGAUAACUGCAACAAAUGGCACGUAGUUGGUCCCGGAGAUACCUGCACCGUGGUUGAAGCCAAGUACAAGAUAUCUGACUCGUCCUUCCGCCAAUGGAACCCUACGAUCAACGGCCAGUGUGGAAAUCUGGUUGCAGGCAUGGCAUAUUGCGUUCGAGUGUGGGUAGAGCCAUCUGUCACCAGCUCUUCGAGGCCAAUAACGAGCACGCUGAAACCAUCUCCCACAUCGAGCAAAUCGUCCUCCACGUCCGCAGGUCCGCCGGGCCCAACGCAGUCUGGCACUAGCCCGACAUGUACAAAGUGGCAUGUGUACAAGCAGGGUGACACAUGCGAAUCGAUUGCCACUCAAUAUGGCAUCAUCGUCAGCCGGUUUCGCCAACUGAAUAGGGGUGUAAACACCGAAUGCAGUAACCUAGUCCUUGGAAACGCUUACUGUGUGGGAUAAUAAGCUAUAGCUUUGAUAUUUAUAAGGGAGAUUUUAUUCUCUAACUAGACCAGACAGCACACCAUCACUUUUGAGGCAUACUGUGUUGCUCGCUUGUGGUGU